AUUUUUUCUUUUUUGGGGUCGGCUAAUAUUAUCUGUCUUUUUCUAAUAUUUUCUCUUUGUCUUUUUCUGCUAUUUUUUUCUAAUUAAUGUUGAAAAUUUGAAAAAAGUAGCUUGGGUGGUAUUGUUGAAUUUUAUGAUAAUGUGAUGAGCACCUCACUUUGCUUUAAUUUGCAAAAAUAUAUUCUGUUUAUAGCAUAAUACGGGUUGGUUUGUGUUUGAUCUGUAUUAAAUCUUCAGUUAACUUUGAUUUUGAUACCCAUUUUAGGGACUAAUUGACCCGGUUUACACCCUGAACAUUAAUUUAUUUUUUCAUAACUAGGGCAAUCCUAAAAGGUGUAGUAUAAUAUGGGAUAUUAUUGUCAUUCGUUUCACUUUCCAAGUAUUGGAGUAAAAGGGAAGUCUAAAGAUGGCUUGUGUUGUGAUGUGUACUGGUUUCCUUUGAUUGCUACUUUCUUUCUGUUGUUGUUCUCUGUGGUGGGUAUGGUUGGUGAAGGUGGAAUUAGUUUCUCUGGAGUUUCGUUGAAGGGACUUUUAUUGUAUUUUUGUUUGGUUUGGUUUGGCAUAAAUUCUGAAUACCUAUUAGAGGUGUUGUGGGUCAGGUGGGGCUUUUGAGUAGAGUGCAUUUUUUACUCUGAGUCUCGAGGAAACUAAAUAUGCAAACACCAAAAGCAAGAACUAGCUCUUUGGAGGUGCCUCAUAGGACAUCUCCUGCGACACCUCGAACUGCUCAUCAGUUAAAGGCGAUGGGAUCAGAUUCUGACUCAGUCCCCUCACCAACUCCAGCAAGCAGGACAGCUAAAGACAGAAGCCCUAAAGUUGUAGAGCGCAAAUCACCCAGAAGUCCUAUGUCUGAGAGAAAGAGGCCAAGCAAAGUGUCUGAAUUGGAAUCUCAGCUUGCUCAGCUCCAGGAUGAACUGAAGAAGGCAAAGGACCAGCUGAGCUCAUCUGAGUCAUGGAAGAAGCAGGCCCAGCAAGAAGCUGAAGAGGCCAAGAAGCAGUUGGCAGACAUGUCAGCAAAGCUCGAGGAAUCCCAACGGCAGCUGAUGGAUCUUUCUGCUUCUGAGGAAGCUCGGGUCCAAGAUCUCUGUAAGAUCUCCCAGGAGCGAGAUCGAGCAUGGCAGUCUGAACUUGAGGCAGUCCAGAAGCAGCACUCAAUGGAUUCUGCUGCCUUCACUUCUGCUAUGAAUGAGAUUCAGAAGCUCAAGAGCCAGAUGGAACGUGUGUCUGAAUCUGAAGCUGCCCAGGCUAGGCAUGCUGAAUCAGCACAUGCUGAGAUACAGAAUUUAAGAGUCGAACUCACCGCAACUCUCUCCCUGGUUGAGGAAUUGAAAACCCAACUCAGUGAUUGCAAAGAAUCUGAAACUCAGGCCUUAGAAGUUGCCAGUAAAACGCAAAUGCAAUUGGAAAUGGCAAAGAUAAAUGAAGAGGAGCUCAAAUCCAAAGGUCUUAAAGCCAUGGAAGCUUACAAAUCAUUGUCUGUGGAGUUGGAGCAAUCGAAAGCUCAAGUAAAUUUAUUGGAGGAACAUGUUAGCAAACUCUCUUCAUGCAAUGUUGAAGAACCUCAGGAAAAUGGAGAACAUGAGGAUUCAGAACAGCUCAAAGCAGAGCUUAAUCAAUUGAAAACUGAAGUAGGACAAUUAAGAUCUGCAUUGGAUGAGGCUGAGAGAAGAUACCAGGAGGAAUAUAUUCAAAGCACAUUACAGAUUCGAAGUGCUUAUGAACUAGUGGAGCACACAAAAGCAGACUCAUCUCUAAGAGAAGCUGAGUUGGAGUCGAAGUUGAAGAAGCUGAACGCUGAGAUCGAAGAUUUGAAAGCCAACCUAACAGCCAAUGAAACUAAAUUGCAGAGUAUUUCUGAGGAGAAUGAAGUGCUGAAUCAAAAGAUUGAGAAAAACCAGUUGAGUGAAAGAGAACCUAAAUUGGAAAUGGAGCUGAAGAAGCUUGAGGUAGAUUUUGCUGAUCUAAAGGCGAGUUUGUUGGAUAAAGAGAACGAGUUACGAAGUAUAACUGAGGAAAGUGAGACCCUGAAGUUGGAAAUCACAAAAAGGGAGAUGGAGAGUACUAAAGUGAAUGAUGAGGCCCUCGCUUCAGCUGAAUCAGCUAGGGCUGCAGAGCAUGAAGCUCUAAUGAAGCUACGGUUUGUAACGGAGGAAGCAGAGAAAAGUAGCAGAAAAGCCGCUCACGUUACUGAACAGCUCGAUGCAGCACAAGCUGCGAAUUCAGAGAUGGAAGCCGAGCUGAGGAGAUUGAAAGUGCAGUCAGACCAGUGGAGGAAGGCAGCCGAGGCAGCUGCAGCCAUGCUUUCAACUGGGAAUAAUAAUGGUAAAUUUGUGGAGAGAACUGGGUCACUUGACAACAACUACCAUACCAUCGGUGGAAAGCUUGGUUCGCCUUUCUUGGAAGACAUGGACGAUGAAUCACCCAAGAAGAAAAAUGUUAACAUGUUGAAGAAGAUCAGUAUCCGAUGUUGCUGCUGAAGAAGGGCCAGAAGUAGAUGCAUUUUUUGGCAGGUAUUUGGUGGCCGCGGGAGGGGAAUUUGCUAGGAAAAUACCCCCUUUUUUUCGCAGACUUUUGUAUAGUAGUUAUCUGGAAAUUGGAUGAACAUGGACUCCCAUUGUUUCCAUUUGUUUCACCAGCCUUGUGUGGUAGGUUUUGAUGGACACCUCAAGUAUUUGUAAUCUUUUUCUGUUGUAACUUUCAGUUUAUGGUAAGGUAUUUGGUCUGCGAUGCUGAUUAUGGGGAAAAUUAGUGGAUGCUAUCAAGUGUAAGGGUUUUUUAUUUUUUAACCCUAAACCAGAGUGGUUUGAAAUAUUAUUUUCCAAAUCUAUGCAGUUUUUAACUUAUUCCUAAA